AUGGGUUCGUUUGACGUCCACAGGGUGAAUUUUUUUUCACCCGAACUGCUGUCGAUCCAAUGCAUGGUCAUCGAAAGCGAGACUCAAAAACUAGCUGUAGGAAGGUCAAACGCGUCAAUUGAGGUAUGGGACGUCUCCUACAAGCCGCACAUCGACAGGGUGUUGAUAUGCGACAGCAGUGUCGAGGGUCUCGCAUGGUACAACGAAAGGUUGUUCAGUUGCAGUGCAAAUGGCACUGUUACGGAACACGACCUGCACAGUCUUUCGCCUUUGUAUAACAAAACUGUAACGUCUGGAUCUUGUUGGUGUAUAGCAAUUCAUAAAAACAGUGGACGUUUAGCCGCUGGAACUCAAGAUGGCUAUAUUAAUAUAUUUGAAAUAACAUCAGACGGAUUGACUUAUGACAGAUUAAUGGACAAACAAGAAGGUAAGAUUAGUUGUAUUUCUUGGGAUUCAAGUGGUGAAUGGCUAGUCACGGGUUCCAUAAAUGCUUUACGUAUUUACAGCCGAAGAAGUGGUCAUGCUCUACACAAACUUCCUACUGGUCAAACUGAGACAAUUGUAUCAUCGAUAGCAGUCACCAGCGAUUUCACAAUCAUUAGUGCUGAUUCUCGUGGUAAAUUAUGUUUUUGGGAUGGAAAUAAAGGCACAAACAUAGCCAAUUACCAAGCACUUAAAUCAAUUGCACUUACAGUAUGUUUAGAUGAAUCACAGACUAAAGUUUAUUGCAGUGGUGUUGAUCCACUUAUUGUAUGUUAUGAGCUAAUAUCCAUGAAAUCUGACAUGAGUGUUGAAUGCAACAAAUGGGUUAGAAGUGUACAACUAGUGGCACAUACAGUAGAAGUACGGUCAUUAGUUCAUUUUAAAGGGAAACUAUUUUCAGGAGGUAUUGAUGGAUACUUAUCGGUGAGCAGCUAUCCUCCAAAACAUAUGGUUAAAUACCCUCCAUUGAUGUCUUCUACUAUAUCUCUAGCAUCAGAAGCUCGUUAUGUGUUGAUGUUACAUCUGAGCCAUUUAGACGUUUGGUAUUUGGGCGAUAAACAUAAGUAUGAAAACAAAUUGUCUAAACUGGUAACCAUCAAAUAUUCAAAAAAUGAUUAUGUACGAUGUUCAGCAAUCUCACCUGAUGGCACAUGGGUUGUUUAUUCAACUGAAGAAAAACUUAAAAUAUUUAGUUUGAUUAUGGAUUCUGCCACUUGUGAACCAAUGAUUAAAAAGACGGGAAUUCAACCGGUUGAAUGUGAUGUUUCCACUCAGCUGGCAUUUUCGACUGAUAGCAAAUACUUGUGGUUUGCUACGAAACAUGAAAAUACUUUGGUCUGUUUAGAAAUGUCUCACAAGUUUGAUUUAUCGACUAAAUACUGCAUUGAUACUACUCCCUAUUUCAAAGACUUAAUACAUUUAUUGGAAGUGUCUAAAUGGAAUAAAUAUGUUGUCGCAGCUGAUAGAAAAAGUAAUAUUGUCGUGUUCAAUGAAGGAAAGCAUUAUUGUACUUUACCAAAAUAUCAUUGUUCUCCGACAAGCAUGAAGAUUCAUCCUACGACAGAAAAUCUUGUUAUUGCCUAUGCAAAUCGAAAUGUUGUAGAAUAUAAUUUAAGUAGACAAGAAUACACUGACUUUUCAGAACAAUUAUUUUUAAACCCGCCUUCAGAGUUAAUAAAUAGAUCAUUUCCAAUUAACUGUAUUACGUUUGAUGCUUCGAGAAAUGAUUCUAUUAUUUUUUCAGAUGAUAAUACUAUUUGUGUCUUGACAAAAGAUGAAAAUAAUUCAAAAGAUCCAGAGAAAAAAAUUAAGAAACUAGAAUCUAAACCCAUUAAAUUUUCUCUUAAGAUUAUACAAAAUUAUGAACAUUUGGUGUUUUUUGACUUUUUAAAUCGAGAAGAACUGGUUGCCGUUGAAGUCAAUCCAUGUUCAUUUGUUGAAAAGUUACCAGCUGUAUACAAAAAAAAAUUGUUUGGCAUGACAUAA